GUAGACUUACUAUUGCACGCAAUUGUGUAAACGCUGCAUUAUGCUACUGUGAAUUUAUAUUUUUAUUUUUUAUAAAUUAUAAAUUAAUUUAGAUAAUUAUCUUUUUACAGAUGUAUAAUGUAAGUGGAAUUUCUCAUAAUUGAUAUCUACAUUUUAUAACGUUGUUUAAAGGAUCACUGACAAAGCCUUGCGUUUACAUGCCGUACAAGUCAAAACUUGUUUGUUUAACUUAAUGCAAGUAAACAUGUUCUUUUUUUGUGAUACUCGUGUUUUGAUUGUGUUAAACCGGCAAAAGCUAAGAACUCGUUCAGGAGCAUACGCCAGAAAACAAACCUCCAUUCCUUCCUUCCUAAACAUGUCCUAAAUUCAUUCUGAAUUUGAUAGUUAGGAACGAAAAACUGAAUCAUGAAUUGGUUAAAAUCGAAUUCCAAAAGGGAAACGAUCUACUGCAUAAGAUGUUUAGCAAGACAAGGAAAAAAAACAUGGAUGAAAGUUCAUCAUGGAUGUACAUAGCACUGACUUUUAAGAAAAUGGUGAGAAAAUUGGGUGAACAUGGAACAAAUGGCAACUAACAAACUCUUCAUGGCAUUUCGCAUAGUCUUGAAAGAAGUACAUAAUUCGGUGGACUUGAGUAGCACCAUUGAAAUUUCCAUGAGAAACGAAAAGAUGGAACUUCCAAUAAUGAAAUGCUGCUGCAAUAACAGUAUUGGAAAAUAAAUGGCCAAAACUAGAUUUUCCAAGUUCUCUCCAUUUCCCUUGCAAUGGCCAAGCGUCGUCGACAGCCCAGCCCUCCCUCUCAAGAAGACAGCACCAGCGAUCUAGACAGCCUAUUCUUUCCAACGAGUGCUGUAACAAGCCCAGAAAAACCCGUCCAACGCAAUGCUGCCAACGCCCGUGAGAGGGCGCGCAUGAGAGUUUUGAGCCGAGCAUUUUCCCGUCUCAAGACAUCUCUUCCUUGGGUGCCACCAGACACCAAACUCUCCAAACUUGACACCUUGAGAUUAGCCGCUACUUAUAUUGCCCAUUUGAGAAAAAUCCUGAAAGAAGACAAUGAUGGGCACACCAAAAAAACAGUUCAUCCUCUUGCUUUCACAUGGCCAUUUACAAUAAACAGUCGAAUUGGAUGUGAUGACUCAUCUCCAAAUAUACCAAGUAUUGACACCACAGCAAGAGCCGAGAUUCAUGACACUCAAUCUAUUUACGAAAACUAUACACCCUGUGAAUACAUGACGAUCAACUAUUCUGAUCAACCCAGACGAGAGCUCUUCAAUCACUAUCAACAUUAGAACUUUGAAAUCAAAUUCCAUUUACUCAUUGGAUAUUUUAGCCAGGAAGGAAAAAAAAAAAACCCAAAUAUGGUGAGAAAGAUAAUAAGUAUGAAAUACAUUAACAAUCCGUUCCUGAAAAACAGUUGUUGAAUUCUGAGCUUAUUUUGUGUACUUAAUGUGCUAUACAUCUUGUUAAACUGGAUUUUUAAGUGCAAUAAAAUAAUUUAUUCAUUUCAA